AUGGAUAAGAAGAUAGAACAAAAGGAUAUAAAAAUUGCCGCUAACACUGGAGAUUAUACGCUGAAACUUCGUUUAUUUGGUCAUGGACAUGACGAUUGGAUAGAUCGACUCAACAACGUCAUCGUCCCUACCUUUCUGAUUCUUUUUACAGUGUUUACAGGGACAGAACACCACUUCACAGGUCCCCCUAUCCACUGCUGGUGUCCGGCAGAAUUCACGGACACGUAUGUUGCAUACGUGAACUAUUUCUGCUGGAUUCGGAACACGUAUUAUAUACCUCUGAACCAACCCAUCACCGAAGAAGCGCGGGAAAAUGAAGUUAUGUAUUACCAAUGGGUGCCUCUUAUGUUGGUCAUCAUGGCCCUUCUUUUUAAGAUUCCUAACAUUCUCUGGAGGUUAUUUCACAAAGGUUCUGGAAUUCAGUUGGAUAUAAUUUCUCAAAAGGCUGCUGAUACACAAACCAAGACCUGGGAUGAACGCAACCAAACUGUAAAAAAUGUAGCGAGUGUAUUUCAAAGAUGGGAGAGGAUACGCAUACCUCUGAAUAAAAGUCCAAUGUUUCUGGAGAGACUGGCGUCAAAACGGUCAGGAUAUUACCUUGCCAGUCUUUAUAUCGUUAAGAAAUGUCUAUACUGUGCAAAUGUAAUUGGACAAUUUUUCCUUUUAGACGAAUUUUUGGGACAUGAUUUUUACCUUCAAUAUGGCCUAGAUAUUUUUGGUGGUACCGUUGGAAAUAGCACGGUUGGUUUGGCGCGUUUUCCAAGAGUUACAAUGUGUGAUGUACACAUACGCCAACUUCAGAAUUUGCUCCGUUGGACUGUACAGUGUGUACUACCUCUGAAUAUGUACAACGAGAAAAUGUUCGUGUUUCUUUGGUUCCUGUGUGGAUUGGUCGCUUUUCUGACUUGUGCUAGUCUAUUGAUUUGGAUAUGGCGUCUCGCGAUACCUCGUAACAGGAUCGCCUACAUCAAGAAAUUUCUUGUGAAUUGUGAAGGAAACAAUAAAGAUCCACGGAAUGAGAAACAAAUCCAAAGUUUUAUCCAGAAGGAACUUCGUGUGGAUGGAAUAUUUGCUCUGUGGAUGAUCGAGCGGAAUACUGGGUCGGUGUUUAUAAGUGAUUUGGUUAAAGAGCUUUGGAAUAUGUAUAAGUAA